AUGACCUUCCAUGUUCGGGCAGGAGGGGCGGCCGCCAUAGAAGCCAAGGGAAGGGGCCUUUUCUCCUGCCAGGUUCCUCGUCGGCGCCGACGACGGUUACCGGUCGUCACUUCUUCCCCUUCCCUUCUCCCCCUCGUGCUCAACUCCUCGCCGUCGAGACCGUCUACCACCCUUCUCCUCCCCGCGACGUUGCCACCGCCGGAACGGCCAUGGCUCCUCUCCAGCUUCUCCUCGCGACGCCAUCAUCAGAUAGUUCAUAGUCGUUCCUCUCCUCCGCCUCCUCUCUUCUCUCAGCCAGCACCAUCGCCGGGCAGACCACUGCCCUUCUCCGUUCCCUCCUCGCUAAGUUGUCGCCGCCGAGACCGUCUACCGCUCUCCUCCUCCACUCGAUGCCACCGCCGACUCCUCCUCGCUGCACUGCUGCCGACCGACAACCUCCCUCUCCUCCUCUCCGCGUGUCGCCGCUGUCGGACCGACAGCCUCCCUCUCCUCCUCUCCGCGUAUCGCCGCUGUCGGACCGACAGCCUCCCUCUCCUCCUCUCCGCGUAUCGCCGCUGCCGGACCGACAAUCUCUCUCCCCCUCUACCUCGCGACAUUGCCGCUAGACCCACGCCGCCAUGCGCUUUCGGCACUGGUCGAGCCUUCGAGCCAUCGUCGUAUUUUUUCCUUCGGGAGGUGGUUGUAUUUCGACUCGUGUGCUUAUGUUGUAUUCUUAUCUGUGUACUGAUGUUGUAUCCCGGCCAACGUGUCGAUAGUUUAUCCCGGUCUGCGUACCGGUGUCUUAUCCCGGUCUGCGUACCAGUGCAUUAUCCCGACCUGCGUGUCGGUGCCUUAUCCCGGUCUGCGUACCGGUGCCUUAUCCCGGUCUACGUACCGGUGUCUUAUCCCGGUCUGCGUACCGGUGCCUUGUCCCGGCUUGCGAGCCUUAUCCCGGUCUGCGUACCAGUGUCUUAUCCCGGUCUGCGUACCGGUGUCUUGUCCUGGCCUGCGUACCGGUGCCUUAUCCCGGUUUGCGUACCGGUGCCUUAUCCCGGUCUGCGUACCGGUGUCUUAUCUCUGUCUGCCUAUCGUCUCCCGAUUUCGUGCCGCGUCCAGCUCCGCGUCGUCAGAUCUAGUUCUACAGCCUGAUCAGAGUUAGCUACUCUUCCGGGUCACGACAACUCGAGCCGCGUCCCAUCCGAGGGCACCCCCCCUGAGCCAAGAUAAAGGUAAAGGAAAGAUGGACUAGCGGAGGCUGGAGGACAAUGCGAUGAAGAUGUGUGUGGAUGGAACUUAGAAUAAAGACCUUGGAGGAAUUAGAAACCUUAAGAAUUUAGUAUUUUCUUGUAGUGUUACUUUUCUGCAUCUUCAGUUGUUUGGAUGUCUUGAAUUGUGAUAAUUAGACUUAGAUUACUUGUUGCCAUGGUCUCAGAUA